CUUUAAACGACAUCGGAAAGACUAUCGGAGGGAUCUCAUAGCCCACCGCAACUAUAACGUCCGCAACCACUAUGAUGCCUGGGCCCAACGGCGACGCCCUGCCGCACCGCGCCCUCCCCAUCCCCAACCAUCUCACUUAUCACCUUGGCGGGUGAACUGGUGUCGGUGGCAUUAUGGCUGGCAGUGGUGACACAGUCCACGGCCUUUCAAAUCGAGGGCCAAUGAUCCACGACGACGCGAAACAGCGCAAGCGUAGAUACCGGGCAAAGAUAGAUAUCGACGCGAAACGGCAUCUACGGGCAGGGCACCACCCACAUCCGCGUCCGCCGUCCCGCCACAUCCGCAACAGCAGCAAGAGCAGAACCAACGGCAAGCCGCAUCUCUCCAAGUCGUUGGCGGUGGCCUCGCACCUCCCCCAAGUGGUUCUCGCACGCCCACCACCAACGUCACCCGUCCUGACUGAGUUUGCACCAGCGUACUUGGCGUUCUCUCAGGCGAUUGGGAGCUUUGUGGCUGUUCUCGCACAAUUCGCACCCGUGGCCUCGGCCGCUUUCACAAACGCCCUUGUCACCUUCUCGGCCUCGUUCGCCAGACUUUCCUCAAAUGCGGGGCGCACGGAUGCAUACAUAUCGGAAUUGGAAAAGCAAAACGAGUGGUAUCGAAAGAAGAUUCAGCGACUGAUGUCGCCGCCAACCCCUUCUCCUUCCUUAACAAUUCUCUCAAAGUUUGCUGAGGAAAAGAGGGAAUUGGCCACACUCUGUCAAGUGGGGGAAACGAGCGAAACAUUUCAGGUGCUGCUUACCUGUUUUCCCGUCUUCCACGGAUCCAAGGCCCGUACGUCAUGACAUCCGCGAGUAUUGGGCCAACAACCUACAAAGCCGUCAUCUAUUUUGCGUACGUACGAGAAGCUAUGGAAUCAACAUUCCCAAUGCUUGGAUUCAAACAUCUCUACAGCUUAUUGUCAACCACAUCUUCUUCGCCGGCGACAAAAUGCUUUAUCUUGUAAUGGCAUGGAAUGCGGUCAUUGCGGAGGCAGGGGACCGAAUCAGAACCCGUCACAUGACGAAUCUGGAGAGGAAGCAUGCGAUCAAUCUCCUGCAGCUCGUCGACGUAGCGUUUCUCUAUGGACUGGUUAUGGCCAUGAUGCGGCU